GAAGAGUUGAGAGUGGCCGGUUGAAUAUACCCCUGUUGUAUUUAUGCAAAUCAUGCACACAGUCUCCUCCUCACGAUGCUGUGAGAGAGGGGAUUGAAUUUUUUUUUUAUUAUUGUUAUUUAUGGUGUAAAAGGGAAAGUAAAACAAACAUUUAACCUUGCAAGAAUUUUUUAAGAGUACGUGGAUAUAGUUUGGGUAGAUUGCACGUGUUUUUAAAAUCUGCAUUUCAUUGCAUGUGGAGGAAGCCGGUAGAGAGAACAGUUUUCUCGUAUUUGCCUUUGUCUGACUGAUUGAGAGUUGUAAGGGAAGCGUGCUCUUUUGUGUGAGGUCUGAGAUUGUUCUUUGUUUUAUAGAAAAAAAAGUGUGUUGCUGACACAGGCAGUUUUUUAAACGUUAUUCCAUUUACUCUUUUUAAAAUGCACUACGUGAAGAAAUAUUUUACAGAAGGGCUGAUUCAGUUUGCCAUUCUACUGAGUUUAGUUGGGGUUCGAGUCGAUGUCGACUCUUACCUGAACAGCUACUUUUCACCGCUUCUGGAGACCAGUUUGGGGCCAGCUUCAGUGUAUAUACAAACUCAGUUUCACAGUUUAAGGUACAAUUUAGAUGACUAUAGUUUGCAGCACAAAUGUCCCGAUUUGGACUACUAUUUCACAUCCAGAAGACUCUUGAAUGAAGUGAAAUCUCUCGGUACUCCUCGCUUCCCCAUUACUGAAGUAAACGCGUGGUUGGUCCACACAGUUGCCAGAGAAUCUGACACUGACAGUUCGGUAAAUGGAGCACAAAAUACCAAUGAUAACGAAAACAACAGUGAAGGAGCCCAUAACCAUCCAAGACAAGGGAGCAGCCAGCAUGAUCAUCAGCAAUCGGACCAACACCACCACACCGGGGCCUUGGUCAAUCCGAGUGGAAGUGAACUCACAAAAGAGGAUAUUGAAUUGAUUGAUAUACUUUGGAGAGAAGAUGUAGCUCUAGGAGUGGGGAGAGAAGGCUUUGAGAGCUGUUGUCUGCAAAGAGGCGAUGACCACACUGCCGAGGACCGGGAGGAAAAGGAAACGCACAACCAGGACUCGGAAACGAGCCUGCAGCCUAGUGAUGAAGAAGAGAGAGAGCGCCCAGCCUCAGAUAAUGGGGAUUUGCCUGGUGGUAGCCCUGAAUCCUUAUCACUAUUGCAGGGGGCUUCUCUGGAACCACAAAGUGUUUUGGGUGUUGACGUGGAACAACGGUGGCAGGACUUCCUGUCUUUGUCUGAGUUACAGGGUAUAGAAACUGAAAAUGUUCAGCCUAUUCCUAAUCCUACAAUAUCAGAAAUUGGCAUGGAUAUUUCUGAAGCCAUUAGUCAAAAUGUGAGUCUUCAUGAUGCUACCCAGGCCUUCAGAACAAGGAGUGGAGUAACACGGAGUGAAGGCAGUCAGAAUCUUCUUCGACUGGAAUCUACUAAUUCAACACAUGUUGAUUUGCUGCUCAGUGUUACCAACCUGACAUCAGAACUAUUCCCCCUUGUUGAUAACUGCACCAGAAAUGCAACUAACCAAAACCCCUUGUCUGGCUUUCUUGAUGAGGCAGUGUUUGAUCAAAUUAAUUUAAUGGGUCUUGGUAUAGAAGGUAUGGACAACAUGGACACUCAAAUAUUAGAAGAACCUGACUCGGAUUCUGGACUUUCUCUAAACUGUAGUUCCCGUAGCCUUGGAUCCCCAAGCAGUUCAGAAGUGUCUUCCUCUUCGUCAUCCUGUGAUGAUGAAGGGGCUGUGGGUUACAGCAGCGAUGCUGAAUCAGAUUCCUGGGAUGCUGUGGGAGGGGCUGAAGGAAGCAGCACAUUUUGUCAUUCCCAAAACAGUAAGUGGUCUACCAUGCAAACAUCAGACCACAUUUAUCAUAAUCACACAUACAAUCAGCCCCCAAACCAAAAUGUUUUGACCUCUCCUCUUCAACAUUCUGGAUGUGGAAAACUUAAGAGCGUCAAGAGAAACACCAGUGAAGAUCUAGACCUCAGUCGGGACGAAAGAAGAGCAAGGGCACUUCGAAUCCCGUUCUCGGUGCAAGAGAUUGUCAACAUGCCUGUGGAUGAGUUCCUGGAGCUUCUUUCCAAGUAUGAUCUUACAGAGGCUCAGGUAACCCUGAUCCGUGACAUUCGGCGCAGAGGAAAAAACAAGGUGGCAGCACAAAACUGCCGCAAACGCAAGUUAGAUGUCAUCUCAAACCUGGGAAACGAUGUGGACGAGCUUCAGAUGCAGAAGGAGAAGCUGCUGAAGGAAAGGACCCAGCAGAACAAAUCAAUCGGCACGAUGAAACAAAAACUGAAUGAGCUGUACCGAGAUGUGUUCAGCCGGUUACGAGAUGAGCAAGGCAGGCCAGUCAAUCCCAGCCAGUACUCUCUGCAGUGCAACAAUGACGGCAGUGUGUUAGUCGUGCCUCGCCGACUGAUGACAUUACAGCAGAAACCAGACAAAAAAACAAAGGACAAGAAGCACUGACAGUGCAGGAGUUGAACUGCUGGAGGUUCCCACCCCCACGAUGCAGGAAGUAGCAUGUUGGCAUUCUACGGCAGCUAACUGGCAACUGACCCUGAGCAAAGACUCCUUUUGAUGACUUUUUUUGGUCUAAUGCAUAGCUGGGUUACAUAAGGACGAAGGGGUUGUAUAUAUAAAAAAUUAAAAAAAAGUUUAACCCUCCACUGAUUUCCCCACCCCAAAAAAUGAUAUAAUAUGGGGUUUGUUGCUGCAUGAUGUACAGGGUUAAAUAAUGUGAUUUUGAUUUUGUAUUCCUGGUGGAUUUUUCAUUUUUAAGACAUUAUCAAUCUGUUUUUGGAAUUCUUAUGACUAAAAGUGGGCAUUUUCACCUUUUUAAGAGGAUUUCAAAGGAUGAAAACACAGGCCUUUGGACCUGCAACAACCUACCUUUGUAGUCUUUAUCUAAAUCUAUUUAGUACACUAAAACCUGUAUGUUGAAAGGAAUCCCUUUGAUACAAGACCAAUUUUAGGUGGUCCACUGAGUGGUCGAUAUAUGUUGGGUUGACAACUUCUGAUAGCAUCAGUGUAAUAUAACCAAAAAAAAAAAAAUCAAGUGCAGAACUACAGCCAGUUGACACAAGGGAAACCAGCCACAGCACACUAAUUUACAGUUCUCAUGGUAAAUAUUACAAGUGUGAUUGUAUGUAUCUUUAUCUAAAAGACAACAGGAAUAGUGUCUGUAUUCAUUGCCGUUAACAUUGAUUGAUGCUUGGUUUAGUCUGAUGAGUGAGUGGUAUUCUUCUAUUCCUAAGUGGCCUUAGCUUUUGGGUAUAUAGGGAUUUAGCACUGGGACACAUUUUAGGAUCAAACAGUUGCAUUUAUGCACUAAUAAAAAAAGGCUUUUUUCUGUUUUUGUUAAUUUAAAUAUAUACUGGGGCAUUCAUAAGCAACGUACUGCAUCUGAAGAUAAAAAAAAAAAAAAAAAACAGUUCCCAGGGAGCGGUGCACAAUUGGCCAAGCACUGCCCAGGAGGGGUCGGGGUUAGGUCGGCUGGGGAGUCCUUGGCUAACCGCACACCAGCGCCUCCUGUGGCUGACCGGCAAUUCAGAACUAAGUAGUCCUCUGACGCGGAGUUCUGAGAUGGCUGCACGACGGGCUUCCAGAGCGAAAAAAAGCACAUGGCAGACUGCACUUGUUUCUGAGGAAAUGAGUGCUUGUCCUCGGCUCUCCUGAGUUAGUUUGGGGGUAGCAACGGUGAGCCAGGUUGAAUAAUAAUUGGAAAUUCAAAACACUGGGAGAAAAUCGGGAAAAGAUUAAUAAAAAUAAUUGUUAAAAAAACAACAACAGUGAUUGAUUACAGAGCUCAGCCAAAAUAUUGCAACUACACAGUUAUUGUGUGACUUGUUCAGUCUGUAUACUUUUCAUGGAAGGCUGCACUGCAAGCACUUUGCCGAUGAGAUGCAUACAUUAAUACCAACCAAAUCCCCAGGUUUAUAAGCACUGAAUGUGUUGCUGUUUGCUACGACUAUCUACUUGUGAACCUUGAAUGAAUUAGAAGCAUUCUCUUAAUCAUGUUUUUUUUCUUCUUCUUGUGGUGCAUUGUUUAUAAAUCAACCUGCAGAAAGCACAUGUUCUAAGUUUGAAGUACUAUUUUACAGUGUCAAUGGGUGGGCUAGAUUGCAAAUGAGAGCUAUUGGAUACAUUUUCCGCUUUCUCGCUGAUUCAGAAAUGACUCUGCACUUUUGUGCUAAGUUAGAUUAUUUCAAAGAAAUGGGCAAAUGUAUUGUUUUUCUGUAAGGUUCUGGAAUGCAGGUCUUUUUUAAAGUGUGGUGUGUUCUGUGUAUUUAUGUCUUUCCAUUAUUUGAAUUAAAUUAUCAUGUUUGUAUUUAAAAAAAAAAAAAAAAUGUACUGGAUCAGCAGCUGUUUUGCUGCU